AUGGACCACCUGCUCAACCUCCUUCCCGCCGAGGAGGAGAACAGCACCUGGCGCGUCCAGGACUGGCACUGGGACCCCUGCAAGAUGGAGGCGGAGCCGGUGGAGCGGCGCCCUUCAUCCUCCCGCCGACAUAAUCGGGGCCCAGUGGUGUGCCAGGUGGAUGGAUGUGGGGCGGAUUUGUCCGGCCUCAAGGAGUAUCACCAGCGAUACAAGAUUUGUGAAUACCACCUCAAGGUGUCGUCCAUAGUGAAGGACGGGGCGCAGCAGAGGUUCUGCCAGCAGUGCGGCCGCUUUCACGGGCUGUCGGAGUUUGAUGGCGUGAAGCGCUCCUGCCGGGCGCGCCUGGAGCGCCACAAUGCCCGUCGGAGAAAGAAGUCGGACAGCCAGACGCCCAGCGCGAAAAUCAGAUCGGUGGGCCAUUGCAAAGACGAGAAGACGCCGGUGAGCUCCGGAGAGUAUGACAUGGACGUCGAGAUGCACUCCGCACCGGCGGGCGAGGGCGCCAGUCUCAGUUCGGGUGAUCGCCGGGGCCAGCCUUUGCCUCACCUGUUGCAGAUGCCACACGGCCCCACCAAAGGGUCGCUGAUUGAGCAGUAUUUCUACAACGACGAAGAUGUCUCCAUGGCGCCGGAGGCUCCCCGCGCUGCGGUGGAGGCCCUUCAAGUCGACCUGCCCGCCGCAGAAGUGCGCCAAGAGGCCGACCCAGUGGCGGAGGUGUUUAGAAAUUUCGCCACCAGCACGGAGGCGCGCGACCUGUUUGCGGCACUGGCGAGGAACGAGGGCCAGGGGCAUCAGAAUGCUACACUCGUGACGCUGAGUGAGGUGCUCUUUCCACCAGCCGAGCGUGGCCUUGCUGGACGGCCGUUGUCCAUGCAGGCCGUGCCCAGGCCUACAGCUUUCGUGGGGCCCACUAUGGUCCGGUCUGGCGUGGGCGCAGAGUACCUCACGGCAGGCCCCAUGUCCCAGGGGAUGCCGCAAGGGAUACUGGUGCAGGACGUAGCCAAAACAGAGGACACACGAGGGGUUCUACCCGAUGAAAGGGCUGAUUUGCAGGGAACAGCGGCCGACUCAGUGGGGCCUGGUGGCACUGUGCCGUUUGAAUUGGUGAACCAAGGAGGCUCCUCGGCAUUUUAUGACAGUCUGUUGAGGUUGACGUCACUGUCUGUGAAAGUUUUUAACUGCACACCAGGCAACCUUCCCGCUGCAUUGAGACGGGAACUCUUGAAUGCAGUGAGAGGCGGACUUGUUCCAGAGGGCUACAUGAGGCCAGGCUGUGUUCAACUUACCCUGGAUGUAGCUCAAGAGAGAGCCACACUGCUCCUGAAUGACUCUGUCAACCAAGUCGUCAGCAGAAUGGUGGAGGGAGAAGAUGAGGUGUUUUGGAAGAAUUAUCAUCUGCUGGUCCAGCUGGCAGACCAGGUGGCCAUUGUUCGGGAAGGUGCUGUCAUUCACUCCUUCUGUCGAGAAGAACAGCCGGAUCUAUUCCCGACUGUCCAGAGGCCCAGCCCAUUGUGCAUAUUGAAUGAGCCAGGGAAAAAGUUCACUGUCCGCGGGAAGCGAAUUUCUGGCUUGGAGGACACUCUGCUGUGUCGUAUUCGAGGUCGCUACGUCUCCAUCGAUGUGGACUAUGACGCUCAUAAGGACAGGGACGAUGUUGAAGCUGUCGAAUGUGAGAUUCUGGAAGAUUGUCCAGCGGGGGUACUGCGAAUUGAGGCUAUGCACAUGGGAACACUGAGCAGCGGGCCACGGGUUUUGCUGACAGCCAACGAUCCAGAGGUUGUGGCUGAGGUUUGCUCGCUGGAGAUGGAACAAAUGCCAGAUGAGUGCCUGGAUUCUUUCCUGCACGACAUGGGCCGCGUGCUAGAAUUUCGAGAGUGGGUGCUAGCUAGAUAUGAUGUCUCCAACCCUGCUGCCACAACUGGAGAGGUGGCGAGCUGGGAGUACACUGUGGAGGAGAUGGUUGCCAUUGUCCACACCGCACGACGCCUUGCAAGUUUUGCACUGGAAAGGGACUGGACAGCGGUGCCAGAGACUGUCUUGCCAGUUGCAUUGCUGGGGGCAGGGUCUGUGGCAGAGGUGACUUCCUUGUGCAAGGCAGGUCGAUCAGACCUUUCUGGGUUGAUGCGUCUUGCUGUAGAAUCAGAGAAGCACUGUCUGGUGCACUUCUUGUGGGCAUGGGCUGAGCAAGCAGGCUGCCCAUUGGCAGCAAGGUCACUUUCCGACAGUAAAGGGGGCCCCGAGUGUCUGCUGCCAUUGUGCCCAAGUGUCCAGGAGACUGUAAAACAGCAUGGCCCGGGCAGCCAUGCUCUAUCUGAAUCCAAGCCACAUUCCCAAGUGCAGAAUGCCUGUUGUGCUUCUCAAAUGGUGGACGAGCGUGCUCUGUUGGGCCUACAGUCAGGUGCCGAAGAAAUCUGCAGGAGAGAGUUGUUGCAGCAGGCAGCACUGUUCAGCUCUGUUGCCGGAGCCAAGACCCCUGGCAUGGCAGCGGAUGGGCUGCCUUGCGCUGACCAACAUCAGGGCAAUGUGCAGGAUGAAUGCAGUGCUGCCCCAGUCAUCAACAAGCCCAUCGAUUCAGGAACACUGAAGACACCUGCGCUGCACAGUAUCAAGGAUCGCCACCAAAACAAACCUGGCAUUUCCAUCCCAGCAUCUGUUGAGUGUGCACAGCUUGGCAAUGAUGGCAAUGAUGGCAGUGCAGCGCGUACACCACUGCAGGAUUACAAGAAUCGUGUACCAAUCAGAGUUGGCAAGGGCUGGGUUAUGAAUAAUCACCGAGAGAAGAAAACAACUGAAACCAUCUGGCAGUUUGCUCGCAAGUCUGCAUGCUUGCUGUCAGCAGGCACCAUUCUCGACAGCUUGGAACAGACAGGCUGCAAGAGCAUAGGAACGAUCUCCUGCUGA